AUGUUACCGCUUUCAAAGCGGUACGUUGAUCUGCUAUUUACUUCGGUGCUUCUGUUAUGCGUUAUAUUCGCAGUGUUAAAGACAGCAUAUGCUCAACAAGUUGUUGGCCAACAAAAUAUUGCAGCUGGCCAAGAAGCUGGUUCAUUAUUCACUGGUGUUGGAACAAAUCCGAACUAUGGAGUUAACUUAGUUCCGUUUGGCCCAGAAGCAGGCGAUCAACAGGUUUUACCUGGCAUGUUAACGUCUGGUCAAACCAUCGAUCUGCAUAUGUAUUUUCCAUUUUACGGUGGCCUAUAUAAUUACUCAUCGUUGUCUGUAAAUGGGUAUAUAACAUUCGCGACUGUGCUUGAUCAAGGUCCAACAAUUAAUGUUGGCGUUGACAGCACCAACUGGCCAAAACAACAAGAUCCAGCAAUGAUAGCUCCUUAUUUAUGCAAACAACAGAUAACUCAAAAUCCGAGCCCUGGAUUGAGAGCUGGCGUCUUCUACCGACUCAUACUUAGACAAUCGUUAUUCGGCCGUCAAUCCGGUAGCAAUCUAGGUUACGGAACUUUGAAUCAAAACACAUUUUUCGGGCAACCAGCAUCUCAGGCUUGUCCAAGCACUCCAGACUCAUAUGUACGAUGCGAUCAGCAAAGCGAUUAUUUUUUAGAUGAAAUGAUGAGAUGGUUACAAGAAGGCGUUGUUGGAGCGACAGCUUUCCGUGCAGAUGCUGCUCUUGUUGUCACUUGGUACAAUACGGCCUCGGCAAUUUCCGGUCGAUCUGAUAUCGAUGCAGGGCAGUUGGCAACUUAUCAGGUCGUCUGGUUGACUGAUCAGCCCGCACGUUUGAGUUAUGUCAUUAUCAACUAUGAUAAGCUUGGAUUUGAUGCUGCUGAUUUUCGAGCAAACUCACGAAGUGGCCGUUGUCAAGCUUUAUUCAACGGUGGUAAUCAUACUGGAACUGUUCCGGUUGAUCCGACGUUUGCCUUCAAGAACACUCCUAAAGUAUUGGCACAGCGAUCCGGCGUACCGCAUAUGGUACGUGGGCGGUAUAUGUUCAGAGUUGAUGAUGUGGUAAGACCGGCUGGGUGUUCCAAUAAGACUGGUGGCACAUUUCCAAUGCUGAUUUAUCCAAACAUUGUUAACAUGCUCGGAGAAAUGACUGUUGAUGUAAAUGCACUUUGUCUUGAUCGAACGCAGACCUAUAUGCUGAUGAUUGAACAGCGUCAGACGGCUCCUUGUGAUGUUAUAAAUGCUGCAAUUGCUCGUUGUCAUUUACCAAAAAUUUAUGAUUGGGGCACAAAAACCGUCUAUUUUCAACCGCAAUCGGGCGGAGCGAAUGAUGAAAAGGCAUUUGUGGGUUAUAUAUAUUUUGUACCUCCAACACUAGAUCCAAUGCGGUUAGAAAUAGGAAAUAUAUAUGAUUGGUUUAAUAACCCUAUGGAGCGAACGCAAAUGCCCGUAUCAUGGUACCCCCGGAAUUUCACUAACCCUGAUAUUAACGUAAUGGGGGACACUCGACUUAGUGAGGAUACUAUAUACGGUGUACAACUUGGCCUCUACGUUAUUGGUUAUAAGGAAUCACUCGAUAACGACAUUAAAAAAUUUCGUCCAGAACAUCGCACUUUGUGCCGUUUGACGACAUAUUCAAACCGAAACACUUAUGAAUAUCGCUGGAGGCCACAGGAAGAAAGAAUUGUUCUCAAUCAGGUUGAACGUUGGUACCUUACUGAGUGGGAGCGUAUGAAUGAUCUAUACACUUAUCGAUUUGGAUACUUAAAAUUAGCUCCGUUGGGAUCAACAGCAGAAGACACCAGUGGAGAGGUUCUAAACUCAGGUUUGGUAUCUGCACCGAUAUCACUGCAUUGGCUGUGGACGGUGAAUAAUCCUCAGUAUUCGUCGCAGACGUAUACUGCUCAAGAUGCAGCUAGUCGUGCAGAUUUCGUUGCUGACAAAGCGAGACAAAUGUGCCAUGAUUGGUAUGACGAGGAUGGUGCAUUACACAACUUUAUUCGCGAUACUGAAACGAAUGCGUCUUGUCCUUGUGUAGAAAGUCAGGCGAGAAUGGAUUUGGGAAGGUUUAUGCCUCAUCCACGUUGUUCUCAGGCGUUUCGCGAUAUUACUUGCACAACUACUAUUGGUUCGAAAAACUGUUACAUGUCAGCUCAAAAUAUCUACGGUUCAUAUGCUGGCGAAGGAAUUGAUAGUUACAACGAUAACGCAGCUCGAUUUCCAACUCAUUAUGGUCAAGUAUGCUGUUAUGAUGAGGAAGGAAAACUAAUGCAAACUAGUUACCAACCAGUGGUGAAGGUUGUUGACCAAACGCCGUACAAUCCAGGUUAUCCACUGCGGGCGUACGAAUUUGGAACACAUCCUUAUAUGGGACAAUUUGAAGUGCCUGGCCUGUCAGCAUUCCACCAUGAUUAUAUGCCCUACUAUUUAUGCUGCAAAUUUGCCAAAUUUCGUUGCCAGCUUUUCUACUGGAGGCGACCAAGUAGUGGAUGCCAGGAAUAUCAGCCUCCAGCAAUUGGUAGCGCCAUUGGAGCAGGAUCGUUCAAUACUAUUGAUAAUGAUAAAUUUGUUUUUAACGAACCUGGAGUUUACACAAUGCUUCAUAUUCCAAGAACAGUUACAAAUCCGGAAGUGCGAAUUCAAGUCCGGCUUGAACGGUACCCCAACCGCAAAGUCGACUUCAGUUUGCUGGGACGUGUGAUCGGACAAGCAAACUUAGUACAACCUACUAAUGCUACUGUAAUCACUGGAGUUGCAAUCGAAGCAACAGGAACUGACCGGGUCGUUGUUGUAGCAAGAAAAGAUACUAGACGCUUUAGAUACCGUACCAGCGUUAUUGUCGGAAAUAUUCUUAGAUACUUUGAUACAAUGCGACUUCAGCGAUUCAAAGGAGUUCUCGUCUAUGUAAACAACGUUGAACGAGGACAGCCUGAAAUUUAUGUAGUUCUUGAGGAAGCUCAAAUAGGUAUACGUGUCAGAGAGUCAUAUGCUCUUGAUAUCGAUCGUUUGUCAAAUUAUCAAGAGAGCAUGGGCAUGCUUGAUGUUCUCCUUAGUGUACCGCCACAGUACGGAGUGCGUCCUGAUGGUGACAAAACUCGAGAAGCAGAUAUGCGAGCUCGUUAUAACUUACCGAGAGUUUCUGGUUUAAUGAGACCUUAUCCAGACCAAACAACAGCCUCCUAUCUUGCUGGACUAACCAUAAAUGACGUAAAUUCAGAGGCAGUACGACAACAAAUUAUUGCCAACUAUCGCAUACCUGGCAGUGGAGAACCAGGUACUGAUCAGAACAUAGCGGGAACUUUGAAUCAGAACAUUCCAACGGACAACAUGUUUACCACCAGUCGCGAUGAGGACAAAAAGUUUGAAGUAUUUCCCGAAGCAUCAAUGAAAAGUGGACCCAUAUUCAAAACUGCUGAAGAAUAUGAAACCGGUAUAUAUCGUUUUGUUCCGAGGACAGGUCAAAUGUUAAAUCAGUUGUUGCAGACAUGUCGUGAUCUUCAACAGAGUCAGCUUAUAAAUGCUCAACCAUUACAAACACAAUUAAACGAGCAGUAUGGUAUGUCACAGUGCCCAGACAAUCCUGCACAAAUCAUUUCUGAAUGUGGUGACAGCGUUUCUUGCCUAUACGACAAUACAAUGUUGAACGCCCGGAUUUUGGGACUAGAAGCGCAAAAUACCUGGAACACCUUUACAGCAGAAAGAAUUGAUGCUACACGACAAUAUAACAGCUGUGGUCCUAUCAACAUUGAAUAUCCUGAAUAUAUGAUGAAAACUCCUUCACUGUCAUCGGGUUACUUGCAGGGUGAUGUGGCACGAUUUGACUGCUUCCAAACACAUUGGGUGAAAGGCGAUAAUGAAUUUAGAUGCAGUAUUGUAAUUGACCGUAACAACCCAACCAAUUACCGCUUUGAGUGGAACAAGGGAGGGCAACCAUGGUGUCGAUCACGGGAAAAGGAUAAUCUAUUUAAAUGGCUUACUAUUGUCUUUUCUACAAUUGCUAUAAUAAUGGCUAUAACUUUGAUAUUCUUGGUCUGCUGGUGUAUGAAGCAGAAAAAAAGGAAGGAGGCUGGUGAGAGAACUUCAUCAGUUUACGACAAAACGCCGAUUCGUGGAUCGGUGUCGUAUGAAAAUAAACCGUUUUCGAAGGCUCGUACUGACUCAAUGUCGAGUAUCACCAACCAACCUUAUCGCGAUACAGUCACUAACAUUACACCACAGCCGUCAAGUCCAAUGAAGACAACUACGACAGUAGCUCCAAGGUAUUCUAUAUAGCA